UUUGUUUAGCUAAACUCAAAAAUUGUUUGCUACUUGCUACUAAUAAAUUCUCAGUCUGAAUUCAAUUUAUAGUUAUAAGUAUAAGAUGGUGUGUGAUGUGUUUUAUGACUUCUAGUUUAUUAUUCCUGGACUUUUUGAAGUAUGCAAUAAAAGUCGUAACAGUGCAAUAUGGAAGAGUUUACUAGUGAAUUUGUGGAUAAAAUUGCAUUAACAUGCAUAGGAGUGUAUGCUAACAUACCGAAAAUUGGUAAACCCGCCGCGGAAGAAUGGAACGUUUUAUCAUGCAUUGUACAGUUGGAUACAGUAACUCAAAAUUACGAAGUUGUAUCGUUAGGGACUGGUUCGAAAUGUAUUGGAGCCACAAAAAUGUCACCGGAAGGGAUUAAACUCAAUGAUAGUCAUGCUGAAGUUUUUGCGAGAAGAGGCUUUAUGUUGUACAUUUAUAAAAACAUAGAAAAGGCGAUGAUGAGUAUGUCACCGAGAGAGACAAUAUUUAUAAAAGAAAAUGGACAAUUUAGAUUGAGAGAUAAUAUUGAAUUUGUAUUUUAUUCAUCCCAAAUGCCUUGUGGAGAUGCUUCCAUUAUUCCUAAAUCAAAUGACAAUGACUAUGGGAAUAUUGUAACUUCUCGUAAACGUGAAGCCGAGGGCAACAAUGAUGAGAUAGAAAGUAAAAUAUUGAUGAAUGACAUAGAUGAUAUUCAUAGGACUGGAGCAAAAUGUUUGCCACACAAUGAACAGGAUCCUAAGGGACCAGGAGCAAAGUAUCACUUGCUAGGACAGGUGCGGACUAAACCAGGAUUAGGUGACCGAACUCUCUCUGUGUCGUGUAGUGACAAAAUCGCUAGAUGGAUUCAUGUUGGCAUUCAAGGAGCUCUUUUGGAUAUGUUGCUAACUGAACCUAUUUAUAUAAAACAUUUUAUCUUUGGUGGUGGAGUACCAUACUCUAAGGAAUCACUCAUUCGGGCUUUUCUAAACAGAAAUGAGAAACAACAGAUAACAGUCCCUGUAACUCCACAUAUUUAUCAAACUACAGCAAUUUUUCAUCAUAUAAAAAGUGAACAAAGACCCCGGCCAGCACCAGGCAGUGUUUUAUUGGUUAAGUUUGGUGUGAUUGAGGUCGCUGUUCAUGGUAAAAAGUUAGGUGUAACAAAGAAAAUGGAAGGUACAAAAAGAAUUGCAUUGUAUAUAUCAAAAUAUUAUUUGUAUCGCAGAUUCUUGAAUCUAUUACAAAAAGAUUCAUGUUUACGAGAAAAACUGGCAGAUAGUGAACUAGAGAGUAUACCAUAUAAUGUUAUGAAAAGGAAAUCUCAACGUUACUAUGACAAUUGGCAUAAAGUGAAGAAUGAUUUUUUCAAAUCAUGGACAGUUAAACCAGAUAUGUGGUCCUUUUGUAUAACAUUAGAAGAGUUAGCGGCAAAUUCAAUUGAUCUGCAUAAAAGAAUCCAUUUUGUGGAUCCUGAAAGACCCCUACAUAUGACAUAGAUAAUGAAGCAAUGCCACACUACAAUGUUCACUAAAGAUGUUCCUUACUAUAGAUUUAGUAAAUCUACAAUAAGACCAUUUUAAGUAACACAACUCUGAGAUUGGCUAAACAGCUGUGCAAGAAAUGUAAUUUUAAGUAAUAAUUUUGCCUGUCUACAUAAUACAAUUGUGUUUUAGUAUAUUAAUAUGUGAAGUGAAGACUUUGUACCAUUUUUAAGAAAAUCUGGCAAAUUAAUGAUCAUGAAAUUUGACACAGUUAUAAGUUAAUAUGAAGAAGAUGUUCAUAAAACUAUUUUUAAUCAAUAAAAUAAAAAUUCUUUGGUCA